AUGAGUGCAGAGACAUUGGAGCAUGUGCCCAUCGCAGUUACAGGUAGUCAUUCAUCUCAAUCACUAGGCGACUUUAAGGAAUUGCCCAGACGAAUAGUAAUUGUAGGAGCCAGUGUCUCAGGACUGACAUUCUUGCUCGCGUUACGGCGUGUAUGCCAAGUAACUGGUCUAGCAUUGGAUCCCGUCAUAUACGAUAAAAAGACCACAUACUAUGAACAGGGUCCCGUAUACAUUCUCUGGAGAUGGUCGAUACAACUAUUAAUGGAAUUGGGUCUAGGUCAUGGACUGCAACGCAUUGCUCACCCUAUCACCAGCCUCAAAUCUAUGGAUUUGGAGACUGGAGAUGUAUAUGUCAACUGGCCACCUGCUCCUGAAUCCACGCAGAAUACUCCUGAAGAGGUAUUCAAGAUGGGUGAUCCAAAUAUACCGGCCAUGAUGGCUGUAAGGCAUUCUGAUCUAGUACGAUUGCUGCUGAUUGCUUUGUCGGGUGCUGACGAGCAAUAUCUCGCUUCAUCUACUGGAGAAUGCACUCUACCUAACUUGUCUGCUGGAGAUUGGUUUGAACGAGAAGGAUUUCUAGCCUCCAUCCCUGAACUACAAAUGGGCGCUGGCCUAGACUCGUUCCUAAUAUCAGCUGGGAACGGUCUAAUCACUGCUCGCUUCGACACUGGCCAAGUAGAACAGGCGUGUAUGCUCAUAGGUGCAGAUGGUCUAGACUCUACCGUUCGAGAUCUCCUCCUCAAUCGUCACUAUCCUCCCGAAUACGCAAACUCGGCCGUAAUAUCUGGUGUAACAAACGUAUUCAAGACUCUUGAACACCCUGUCCCAACUACUCUAUCAACUGGACAACCUAUAGUACCACUCACUCCCGAUAUUGAUCAUGUCUUCCCUGAUAGUAGCUGUACCACGUAUGUUGGACCAAAGGCCACAUUCGGAGUAACAACUAUGGGACAGGGAAAGUUUGGCUGGAAUCUUGUCCUUGCGCAGGAUGAGGUUGGACGUAUAGCUGAAGAUUGGACCCAACAUUUACGUAGUCAACGAGCACAGGACCCUACAUACUACCAACAACAACAGCAGCAACAGCAACAGCAAUUCGAAAUAAAACCAUCUGAUGAGAAGAGUGAAUUGCCAGCCUUCCAGCAACAGCAGCAACAAGUCCCACCCGAACAAGGAACACCAUUCGAGGAAUUCUUGAAUGGGCUGCAAGUCCGUGAUAUGGCUCUACAUCUAGCUUCUUCAUUAGGACUGCCUGAAUCAGCAUAUACUAUAAUGGCCUUAACAGAUCCAGAAAUGACAUAUGUCCAAGACGUAUUUGAUGUAGGUGGAACUCCUCCGCCAUCGUAUACAGCACCGAAAUUCCAUCCAGGCCGUAUUAUCUUGAUUGGUGAUGCUGCUCACGGUAUGGCGACAAACGCUCAAGGAUCUCUAGGAGCAGGACUUGCCUUAACAGAUGCAGGACUGCUGGCCAAACUGGUUGGUAAAUGUCUUAUACGAGGAACAGAUCAAAUGGAUGAAACAUCAUUGGCUCGUUUGGCAACGGAUUUCGAUACUAUGAGAGUGACUGUAUGUAAUGCUAUAGUAAACGAAGCACGCAAUGAGGGGGCAUGGAAUCGGGUUGAGAGCUCGUGGGUUCGCAGUCUGUUUAGAGGCAGACAUUUGCCUGGAAGUUGGAGGGCUGCGUCAUUCUAUCAGAUGAUGACUAGAGGUGGGAUUCCGCAUGAUGCUGGUUUGCCAACACUAUCAAUACUUGCCGCCGCGCCUGCUAUAAACACUCCUAUACAAACACCCACCCCACUUUUACGAGCUUGA